AUGGCUUCCAACGCCCAACUCGCGAAUCUGCAAGACAAGAAGCACUUCCCAGGAUUCGAAGAUCUCGCCUGGGACAAUAACCUCGACAUCCAGUACUACCGCCAGCGAGACAACGGUUACUGGGAGCCUCGCAAGCACUGGGUCUUCAUCGGCGAGAUCGUCGAGGUCCAUAUCGACCUCCGCGUUAGGCUCACCGUCAAGGACCGAGAUGGUCUAGAGAUUCCAAUCGCUAUCUACACAGAAUCCCGCGGUGUAGAGCUUGGCCCCUCGAACCUUCAAGUUGGAAAUACUAUCGUCAUCUUCUACGCUGUCAAGCAUCUCUUCAUGGACAUGACCAUCGGCAUCCGGCAUGAGGAUCUCCAGUACCUCAAGAUCUUUCCGAUCUCCCUCGACAACAUGAUGCAGCUCAGCGACAAAAUUCAAACUCACGCUACCCUUACCGACGGGAUGAGAACCUGCCACGGAUGCAACAACAAGGCAGCGAAGCUGAUGAAGUGUGCCAAGUGCGGCUUCUUUUGGUACUGCAGCAAGGACUGUCAGCUUCGCGGGUGGAAGGAAAACGGUCACAAGGAGGACUGCAAGAUUCUUCGGGAUGGCAACUUCAAGGGCUUGUUCUCUAUCAAGUGGGAUGAGUUUCACAACCACCUCUCUUUUCCGCUGCGCACUGCAGAGUGA